CGCGAAGGUGAGUGACUCUGUCCGAGCUCGGCCGCAUCGGUCAAGACCUGCGCCGCCGCCACCGCCGUCGCCGCCGCCGCCGCCGCCGAGGUACAGACGCGCGACAGGUACACGUAGUCCGAUAAUCGGCCGACGACUCCUCCUGUUGCGCUCGAGCCGCGCGCACGGUCUUCGGUUCCCCGAGCCAGUUGCCGUUCUCCGGGCGCGGUCGACCGUCGCCGCUCGCCGAUCACUCGUUCCCGGACGGAGAAGACGACCAUGGCCGUUUCCGGUGAUCGUGUCCUUCCGGCGUCCGGCCCUUCGUCCCGCGUCGCCGUCGCGGUCGCCGUCCUGUUCGCAGCCGUCGCCGUCCCUUGGACUCUCGCAACCGCGACCGAGACAAGCAAGCCAUCUUUUACUGUUGAUUAUGUCAGAAAUGAGUUUUUAAUGGACGGCAAAGUAUUUCGGUUUAUCUCGGGCUCAUUACACUAUUUUAGAGUACCUAAACCUUAUUGGAAGGAUAGGAUUCAGAAAAUGAAAGCGGCUGGUUUAAAUGCUGUAUCGACAUAUGUAGAAUGGAGUUUACAUGAACCGCAUCCAGGUGUAUAUAAUUUUGAAGACAUGGCCGAUUUGGAAUACUUUUUACAAUUAAUAAAGGAGGAAGGAAUGUAUGUAUUGCUUAGACCGGGACCAUACAUUUGUGCCGAAAGAGAUUUUGGUGGAUUUCCAUAUUGGCUGUUGAAUGUUGUGCCUCCAAAACGUCUUAGAACUAAUGAUCCAAGUUAUAAAAAUUACAUAACCAAAUGGUUUAAUGUUCUAAUGCCAAAAAUUGAUCCAUUUUUGUACGGAAAUGGAGGAAACAUUAUCAUGGUUCAGGUAGAGAACGAAUAUGGUAGCUACAAUGCAUGUGAUAAAGCUUAUAUGUUAUGGUUACGUGAUUUGUUUAAAAGUUACGUAGCACACAAGGCCUUACUUUAUACAACUGACGGGUGUGGAUAUUCGUAUUUCACAUGUGGUUCUGUGCCUGAAGUUUAUGCGACUGUGGAUUUCGGUGCUUCGACAACAAAUGUUUCUCAAUGUUUUAAAUAUAUGAGGUCGGUUCAAAAGAGGGGGCCAUUUGUCAAUUCUGAGUACUAUGUUGGUUGGUUACCCCAUUGGCAGGAGCCAAUGCCUUUAGUGAGCUCUUACGAAUCUGUGAGAGGUCUAAAAGACAUGCUGGCUUUAAAUGCAUCGAUUAAUUUUUACAUGUUCCACGGGGGUACCAAUUUCGGAUUUACAUCUGGUGCCAACAACUAUGAAACAAUAACAAAUUCCCUCUAUUUGCCCCAAAUGACCUCAUAUGAUUACGAUGCUCCGCUAAAUGAAGCUGGAGAUCCAACCGAAAAAUACUUUGCAAUUAAGAACUUCCUCGAAGAAGCUAAUUAUGUUGUGUCAAACGAAAUAUCACCAGUUCCAAUGCCAAAAGGUAAUUACGGAAGAUUUACGAUGACGCCAUUGGUAAAUUUGUUUGAAAAAGUCACGCAACGGAUUAAACCGAUUGAAAGUGAUGUUCCGUUAGCGUUCGAAAAUAUGGAUAUUGACUCGGGAUUUGUUAUGUACGAGACGAUUUUGACAAAUGAUCAAAAAAACGUCACCACUCCUGUUAAUUUAACCAUUAGCACAGUUAGGGAUCGAGCAUACGUAUAUCUAGAUAAAGUACAAGCAAGUAUUAUUACUCGGAAACAAGAAAACAUACCGAUAAGUUUAAAUUUAGACAGUUCGGUUCAAAAGUUAAGCAUUCUUAUAGAAAACCAAGGGAGAAUCAACUACGGAAGUUUUAUUGAAGACCGAAAGGGAAUUCUUGAUCCUGUUACGCUGGGGAGCAAAGUGUUGGGCCCGUGGAAGAUGAUACCAUACCCUCUGAACGAAACGUCUUGGCUUACAAUGUUUGAACCGCAAGAACACGUCACGUUGCCAGCCUUCUAUAGAACUCAAUUUACAUUUUCAAACAAUUUAACGAACAUUUAUGAUACUUAUUUGGACACCACUGGGUGGAAAAAGGGCGUGGCAUUUGUGAAUGGAAUUAACGUUGGUCGAUACUGGCCAGCGGCUGGACCUCAAAUAACUCUUUAUGUCCCUGCUACAUAUUUUAUUCCAUCACCCGGUAUAAACACUGUCGUAAUGUUGGAACUCGAAGGGGUUCCACAGGAUUUAUCAAUAGCGUUAAUUGACAAACCUAAAUUGAAUGGUUCCAUUGAUUCUUUGAUUUGACAGUUAUUAGCACUGACCCUUUGAAGUCUUUUUUUCUAAUAGUGUGGAAAUUAUUUCAAUUACAUUGAAUUGAUAUCAUUUUUAUUAUACAUAGGAAUUUGCUGUAGCGCUAUAAAAACUAUAUGAGAAUAAAAUUGAGGUUGUUGUUGCUAUUAUAACUAUGCAAUAUAUCAAACCUAAAAAUGAAUGUUAAAACGUAGCUUAUAAGAUAAUAAAAGAGUAAUUUGUGAUCUUCA